AUGAAGGCCGUAGCAGGAUUAUUACUUCUAGUUGCGUCUGCGCUGGCUAUCAGUGACGAUGCCUGUCCCCCAGAACAGGUUAUCGACUGGACCAUAGAGAAGUUGCUGCCUCACGAGGAAUGUGGAAAAUUCUACCAAUGUACCCAUGGACGCCCUGUCGAGAUGCCCUGCCCCGCUGGAUUACACUUCAACGUAGCGGAAUCCAUUUGUGACUGGCCAGCUCUCGCCAAUUGUCAAGGAAACACCGAAAUCGAACCACAGCCUAUCCAAGGGGCAGCCGAGUUCCUCCCUCUCGUCGCUGAAGGAGAAGGUGUCACAGAUGACUUGCCAGAGGAAACGAUAGCCACUGACAAACCGGAAAUAGAGUUCCAAGAAAAUGGAUGCCCAGUCGAUCCUCAUAUUCACUGGUUAUUGCCUGACGCACAGAACUGUUCAGUGUUCUAUUCUUGUGUUUGGGGUUCUAAAGUGGAACGACCUUGUCCCCCUAAUCUACACUUCAAUAGAGAAAAGCAGGUGUGUGAUUGGCCAGCUACUGCCGGUUGUGUCGUCAACGCUCAGUAG